CUCUUCUCUCUUUUGGAGAAGGGUUGGCUACUUGCUGGCCAGCCAUUAGGAAAGAAGUUAGUUCGUUUGGAGAAGAAGCAGCUUUGGACUGCGGUUGCAUUUGCUGCAGCCAUGGGGAAGCACUCUGUCACCGUGUGUUGUGCCCUCGUCGCUGUGCUGUGCAUGGCGUCGAGCUUAGCACAAGCUCAAGUUCUCUUCCAGGGGUUUAACUGGGAGUCGUGGAGGAUGCAAGGUGGGUGGUACAACUUUUUGCAUGAGAAGGUGGAGGAGAUCGCCAGCACCGGCGUCACCCACGUCUGGCUCCCGCCGCCGUCGCACUCGGUGUCGCCGCAGGGGUACAUGCCGGGGCGGCUCUACGACCUGGACGCGUCCAAGUACGGCACGGAGGCGGAGCUCAGGUCGCUGAUUGAGGCGUUCCACGAGAAGAACGUGGAGUGCCUCGCCGACAUCGUCAUCAACCACCGCUGCGCCGACUACAAGGACAGCCGCGGCGUGUACUGCGUCUUCGAGGGCGGCACGCCGGACGGCCGCCUCGACUGGGGCCCCGACAUGAUCUGCAGCGACGACACGCAGUACUCCAACGGCCGCGGCCACCGCGACACCGGCGCCGGCUUCGGCGCGGCGCCCGACAUCGACCACCUCAACCCGCGCGUCCAGCGGGAGCUCACCGACUGGCUCAACUGGCUCAAGGCCGACCUCGGCUUCGACGGCUGGCGCCUCGACUUUGCCAAGGGCUACUCCGCGCCCAUCGCGAGGGUCUACGUCGACAACACCAACCCCACGUUCGUCGUCGGCGAGAUCUGGAGCUCGCUCAUCUACAACGGCGACGGCAAGCCGUCGACCAACCAGGACGCCGACCGGCAGGAGCUGGUGAACUGGGUCGACGGCGUCGGCAAGCCGGCGACGGCGUUCGACUUCACGACCAAGGGCAUUCUCCAGGCGGCCGUGCAGGGCGAGCUGUGGAGGCUGCACGACGGCAACGGCAAGGCGCCCGGCUUGAUGGGGUGGAUGCCGGACCAGGCCGUCACCUUCGUCGACAACCACGACACCGGCUCCACCCAGUCACUGUGGCCAUUCCCAUCCGACAAGGUCAUGCAGGGCUACGCCUACAUCCUCACGCACCCAGGCAUCCCAUGCAUCUUCUACGACCAUGUGUUCGACUGGAACCUGCAGCACGAGAUCGCCACGCUGGCCGCGAUCCGGUCGAGAAACGGGAUCCAUCCGGAGAGCACGCUGGACAUCCUGAAGGCCGAGGGCGACAUCUACGUCGCCAUGAUCGACGGCAGGGUGAUCACCAAGCUCGGGCCGAGGUACGACGCCGGCGGGAUCAUCCCCUCCGACUUCCACGUCGUGGCGCAUGGCAACGACUACUGCGUCUGGGAGAAGCACAGCCUCAGGGUUCCUGCCGGUAGAAGGCCUUAACUAAUUAAUCAAUUAUUAGUUGCAUCACUGCUCUUGCAACGCUAGAUAUGUAUACAAAAGUAUCUCGCUCUAGCUACGAAUCAUGCAAUUUUGCUGCGAUAUGUGUAUGAGCUUCGAUGUACGCUUCGUUAUAACUAGCGUUCUUCGGAAAUAAGUAAAGCAUAAUGUACUCUGUUAGUCCUGCAGAAAUGUAGGAUGGAUGGAAUUAACUAGUACGGUUUGUUCUGAUCCU